AUGCAGGUUAUCAGCAAGCCUAACGGGGGUAUUACCACGAUGGCGGCCCCUAACAGCGAUCAACCAACCCUUCUGUCGACGUGUAAGACCCAAGACGACGAACACACUCAACAGCGGCAGCAGGAACUUGACCAAGGCACCCGAACACUCACGUCGGCGACCUACAGCGAAGACCAAUACCCAUCGGGACUGCGACUCUUCUUGAUAUUAUUCUCCUUCCUGGUGUCAAUGUUUCUCGUGGCAUUGGACCGUCUCAUUAUCGCCACUGCAUUGCCUAAAAUUACGGAUGACUUCCAUUCUGUAACUGACAUUGGGUGGUACGGAAGCGCGUAUCUUCUUUCGACGUGCGCCUUCCAGCUUCUGUUUGGCAAGCUUUACGCCUACUUUCCCGUCAAGCAUAUUGUUGUCUUGUCUGUAAUCUUCUUCGAAAUUGGCUCCACCAUCUGCGGCACUGCUCAAUCUAGCAUCGCCUUGAUUGCUGGCCGCGCCAUCGCGGGCGUUGGUGAUGCCGGUAUCUUGGCUGGCAGUACAGUCGUUUUAGUCUAUUCUGUACCCCUCUGCCGCCGCCCAAAGUACCAGGGUAUUUGUGGCGCCGUGUUCGCCGUCGCCUCGGCCGUUGGGCCCCUUCUGGGUGGUGCUUUUACGAGUAGCCAUGCCACUUGGAGGUGGUGCUUCCUCAUGAAUUUACCACUAGGCGGUGUGGCGCUACUAUUGAUUGCGUGUGCGAUGAAGCCGCUCGGCCAAACCCACGAGAAGGCCUCAUUGGGGGAUAGAUUGAGGCAGCUCGACAUCAAAGGAACAAUGGUUCUGAUCCCAGGUGUCGUGUGUCUGUUACUGGCACUGCAAUGGGGAGGUAUUAAGUAUGCCUGGAACGCACCCCGGUCUGUUAUUCUCAUGGUUUUGGCUGCGGUCUUGCUCCUUGUUUUCGUUGCUAUCCAAGUCUUACUGCCUGAAACCGCUACUGUCCCACCGCGUAUCAUAAAGCAACGAUCCAUAUUCUUUAGCGCUUGGAUCUCCUUCUUUUUUGGCGGACAGUUGAUGAUUUUUCUUUACUUUAUCCCUAUAUACUUACAGGCGAUCAAAGGCUUUUCUGCUAUCGAGUCAGGAAUCCGUAUCCUUCCUCUCAUCCUCUCUAUAACAAUCUUUGGGGCCAUAUCAGGCACAGUUACCACCCGUAUUGGGUAUUAUAACCCAGUCUUGAUCCUAGGGGCCUGUAUCAUGGCUAUCGGUGGAGGCCUACUGACUACCCUUAGGGUGAAGACAGAAGAAAGGCAGUGGUCUGGCUAUCAAGUAAUCUAUGGCAUGGGUGUAGGUUUAUCGUCUCAGGUGGCAAAUCUCGCGGCACAGACGGUGCUGAGGAAAAGCGAGGCCGACGUAUCAGUGGGCGUAGGUAUCAUGUUCUUCUCGCAAACCCUCGGCGGAGCUAUAUUCACCUCGGUCGGCCAGGAUAUACUAAACAGCCAGCUGGAGAAGCAUACCAUGGGUCUACAUGACGGUAUCGAUCUUAAGAAAUCCGGUGCAACGACACUGACGAACCUGCCGGCCGAGUUGAGGGAUCCUCUGCUGGACGGUUACAAUGUUGCACUACGGGCUGUCUUCGUUGUCGGUCUAAUACUAGUCUGCUUUGUAGUUGUAGGUGCGGGCGGAUUAGAGUGGACAAGUGUGAAGGGAUAUACCGGAUCCGAUCCCAAGAACAACGAUAUUGGGUCACUUUCCGCUCCCGAGCAAAUGUUGGAGGGGAAAAAUAUUCUCGCUCAAGUUGAUAAGAAGCAACAUAGUGAUGAAACAGGGUCUAUACCAUAG